CACAAAUCGUAAUAAAAAUGUCCAUAUUUUAUUGAGUUUUAUGAAUAAUAAUAAAAAAUUAUAAUUAUAACAUUUAUAUUAACUGUCGCGAUUAAAGAAUACCCAACUAAAAAUAAAUCACCUAAAGGGACUUGUGUGUCCAGCGUCCUCGCGCAGCCAUGCAAAUUGUGCUGUGUCCGCUCUUCUGACCACUUGUAACUGCACCUCUGGUACACCGAUGUACUGAGCUGACGACGACAACCAAUAAUACAGAAGAAAGAGACACGACGUAUGACGAGUUGUUGUCGAAGGCCCGGAUGUGAAUCUCUAGUAUGUAGCAAGAACACUACACGUUGUACAGUUCAGCUGAUUGCUACUUCCUUACCAGAAUGCCAGAGGAGGCCAAAAAUCGAAGUAUUCUUUCACAUUUCCGUUACGAGCGGUUCGUCGCCGGAGUCGUCGGAGGCGCAGUCUCGACGUUGGCACUACAACCACUUGACCUCGUCAAAGUGCGAUUCCAGGUGCACGACGGUCAUACAUCGGCUCGACUUUCCUAUUCGGGACUCGCACACGCUUUCGCGUCCAUACUGAGAGACGGCGGCCUCGCAGGGCUGUGGCAGGGCGCGAGUCCGAACGUCGCGGCCGUCAGCUCGGCCUGGGGACUCUACUUUCUUGGAUUCAACACAAUCAAAUCUUUUCUUCAAGAAAAUGAUCAAACGCCCUUGAGUGUUGGAUUCAGUCUACUUGCCGGUUGCGUGACCGGAGUCGGGACCCUGUCGCUCACUAAUCCUCUAUUUGUCGUCAAGACCCGGAUGUGCUUACAGGCAUCGAGGAAGAACACAUUUAUGUCGUCGGAAAAAUUUUGUUCGGGAAUUCUAGACGGUUUAAAAAAGAUUUAUCGAAAUGAAGGAGUGAGAGGACUAUAUCAUGGCUACGUUCCAGGGCUCGUUGGAACGACCCACGGAGCUCUCCAGUUUAUGGCAUAUGAACAAAUGAAGAGUCGGUAUAAUAUUGGACGACUCAGAGAUAUCAAUUUUAAACUUACCAAUUCAGAGUAUAUUCUAUUUGCCGCCGGCUCGAAAAUGUUUGCAGUCAUGGUCACAUAUCCAUAUCAGGUUGUUCGGUCGAGAUUGCAAGAUGUGUAUUUCAGGCACCGAGGGAUAUGGGAUAUUGUAGUGAGGAUAGCAAAGUACGAAGGGCUGUCUGGAUUUUAUAAAGGGCUGAAACCGAAUUUGCUUCGAGUGACACCGGCCUGCUCUAUAACGUUUGUAGUAUAUGAGAACGUGUCGAGAUUUCUGUUUGAGUUGAACGCUUGAGAACGAAUCGAUUUGUUUUGUGUGCGUAUUAUGUCUGUCCUCGGUCGUUGCAUUGCACGUUGUUGGGUGCAGCUCUGGUGUUGUUGGUGAGCGUCACUGUUCAUUGGUCGAGUAAUUUCAAUCGAGUCAAUCAACUAUUAUCAAUGAUUUGUUAUUACUCACUAUUGCUAUUAGAGUACGAACAUCACGAGUUCAAGGUGAAUAACAGACUGAAGUGGGUCUACAGACGACAAUGUUGUUUUCAAUUGGUUUAGUAUCUUUGCUGUAUGUACACCGGGUAUGUGAUCAGCCAUAGAUACUUAGGCUACCCAUCAUGUGCAUUGAUUUCUAUGAGCAAAAAACCACUUGAUGUACAGCUACACAACAGCUUUCCAAGUUUGUUAAUUAAAACAGACCUUUUCUGCUGUGAUACCAUAAAGCAAAUUUAAUUUUCUAAAUCCGCUAACCAUAAAUUCAUAUUAAUAUCAAUGCAAGA